AUGGAUAAAAAAAGUACCGGAUCAGCAAAUCAUAGUGUGGGAGGGAAUAAGAUGAAUGAAUUGGAAUUUUCAUCGUUACCAGCAGUAGUAGUGGUAGAGAGUUUAGGACUGGAUUCAUUUUUACCAGUAUCAUGUGAAUUUCCUGAAUCAUUGUUACCAAUAAAUGGGGUACCGAUAUUAAAUUACAUGAUAGAGAUGCUUCUUAAGAAUGGCGUGACUGAGAUAUAUUUGUUAGCAUAUUCUCAUAAGGAUUUAUUGAUGGACCAUGUUGAAAAGUUAAAGACAUCUAACAAGAAAUUAAGGUCACUAAAUAUUCAGAUUAUUCAGUUGGGAGUACACUGUAAUUCAAUAGGGGAUGCAUUAAGGGAUUUGGACUGCCAGGUAGAUAUUAGAGACGACUUUAUUCUGAUACAGGGAGGUCUACUUUGUGUUGCAGAUAUAAAGGAGGUAGUUCAGUUCCACAAAAAAAAGAGAAGUAGCCAAACUCCAAAUUUAUCAAUGACAAUGAUAUUUAUGGAAAGUCCACCAUUAAGUACUUUAAGGACAAGGAAAAAUGAAAAUUUGGUUAUAUAUGAUCAGGUAUCGAAUGAGCUGGUGCAAUGGGGUAGAUUUGAUGAUGAUUACUCUUCUAGAUUAUCAAUGAAGACUUUGUUGAGGAACUCAAGCUCUUCUUAUUAUGGGACAAGCAAGUGCAUCAUUAGAUACGACUUACUGGAUAUAGGACUUGCAAUAUGUUCUCCCCAGUUAUUAAAGACAUUUUGUGAGACGUUUGAUUAUACAGAUCUAUUUAAUGACUUUGUACAAAAUGCUUUAAGUUCUGAUAUUAAGCAAGACGUGAUAGAUGUUUCAAUAAUGUCUCAAUAUGCUGUUAAGAUCACAGACUUUAGGACAUAUCAUGUAGCACAACAGCAUGUAUGUGAGGGAUGGGCAUUUCCAUUGGUACCGGAUUAUUGUAGUAUAUCUGGACAAAAUGUACAAAGAUACCAGGGAUUUAGCAUAUUUUUGGGGGAUAAUGUGAAUAUAAGUCCAAGUUCGGAGAUAGGAUCUAUAGUUACUAUAGGAAAGUCUACAAAGAUUGGUAAUAAUUGUAAGAUCUCGAAUUCUUUUAUUGGUGAGAAUUGCGUGAUAGGAGAUAACUGUAUAAUUAAAGGAUGUUCAAUACUAGAUAAUACCGUUAUUGGGGAUAAUGUAGAAUUGGAUUCAAGCUUUAUUUCAAGUAGUGUUAAAAUUAUGAAUAAUGUAAAGGUGAAUCCAUGUUGUUUAAUAGGAUCUGAAAUUAUUAUUCAAGAGAAUUCAAAAAUUGAAUCUUUAAGUAGGGUAUCGAGGUAUAUUUCAAGAUCUUUAUUACUUGAAUAUUGCAAAAAUAAAUUAGGAGACAAUUUCAGCCAUGAUGAUGAUGAAUUUAGAAGUAGUAGUAACUCUCCGAGUAUGAAUCUGAGACGAUUCAAACUUUUAGAUGAAACAGAUUUGGCUAAAUUAAGUAGUCUUACUGGAGACGGGAUGAUCUUAAAUGGUGUGAUCUGGCCUGAGAAUAAGUCUGUUGGAUUGUUGAAUGACGAGAUCAUGAAUGAAGAUGUACUUUCUAAUAUUGUUUUGUUUGACUCUUCAGGAAAUAGGGAGACAUUGUGCAGUAGUGGCUCAGAAAGCUCAGAAGACGAAGAUUUAGAUCCAGAAAUUAUUGGAAGAGGGAGAGCAGGUAUUAGCACGGGUAACGGGAGCUUGGAUAAAAGUAAUGUCCGAAAAGGGGAUGAGGAAGAUGAAGAGGAAGAUGAAGACUCGAGAGAGUUUUUUGAGGAAUCUGUCCUACUUAUAAAGUCUGGGCUUGAGAAUCCAGUGCAUAUGUCUAACAAGAUACUUGAGCUGAAGGGAUUAAGGUUUGCAUUUUUCAAGGAUGAUUUGGAUAUUCUAGAUACAUGCAUGGUUAUGGUAUUGGAUUUAAUUAAUAAGAAUUCUGAGCAGGUUUUAGUAAGUGAUGCAGGAGGAAGUAAUAAUAAUAGUUUAAGAAUCGAUUUAAACAGAUUUAAAGGCUUUUGUGAAAAGAAAGGGAUUCUGGAACUUAUAUCAGCUUUUAAUAGAAAUGAGGAUGAGCUCUUUACCAGCUUAAUUUGCUCAAAGUUGCUGAAUUUUGCUGCAAAAAAAGACUCUCAUCUUCCUUUUGGAUCUCUACUAGUGACAUUCGAGAAACUUGAUCUUAUUAAUCAGUCAUUUAUCCCUGGCUGGUACGACAGUUUGGUUGGGGUAACUGAAGCUAAAACGGAAGAUCAAGCCCUUUCAAUAUUAAAGUCGGACUUUGUAGUGAAGUAUAUUGAGUGGCUAAAGGAGGAUGAAGAAGAAGAAGAUGAUGAUAGUGAUGAUGAAUAG